UAGUAUUAAAAAUGUCCGGGAAACAAAGCGCGAUCAAAAAUAUGAAAAGUGAGCACAGAGAGAAAGAAAUACUUGGGAACAAUAGAAAUGACAGCGAGGAGAGCUCCUCAGCAAAUAUCAAGCCUCGUGAUUCUAAAAGAGAUUACUAUGAGAAGGAGCAAAAAGAGAGGGAUUCCAGAUCUCCAAGUGAGUCUCUCAAUGAUAGGCCUGAAUUCGAUGUUCUCUUGCUUAUAUCUAAAGCUUUCCAUGAAUUCAUUGAUAGAGAUUACCUGGAUGAUUUAAAGAAGAAAUAUCACUUAGAUGGCAUUCAGAUUGACAAAACAUUAACUCUUCCGGAUAUCCAAGGGGAUAUCUGAAGGAUCACGAGUCCUUCGAUCGAAGAUAAGGUAGAAGCAGCAGAUAGCAUCAUUAGGACCAUUGUCAAGAGCAAUGACAAGAAUAAAAUAAAUCCUGAAAAGUACAGAGAUAUCCCAGGCUAUAACCCCAGAAAUACAGUCAUGAUCCUAAUUCCUGAAGGUAUGGUCGCUAUCGUUAUUGGCAAGAACGGGAAAAGAAUAAAGUCGCUCUCAAAGAAUACCAAUACUAAGAUUGUAGUGAGCCAGCCUAUCGUUGGGUUCACUCAACGAUCGGUCACUAUCAAAGGGUAUUACAAAGAAAUAUCUGAUUCGAUCUUUGAGAUCCAUCGAAUCAUGGAAGAUAAAGCUCAUCUAGUAUCCCAAUAUGAAUUUGAGCCAGAUAUAAUCGAUCUUAAUAAGAUUGAGCUAGAAGCAAAACUGGUGUUUCAUCACAAAGUUACCAAUUUCUUCAAAGACAAAGGGAUCCGUAAUGUCUGUUACAAGAACAAAGUUGACUUUACUGCCAGAGCACCUGUAGCCAAUGACCAAGUAAUCGUAAAGAAUGAAAGGGUUCUCAUUAUGACUGGGCUAAUCCGAAAUGUUGAAAAAUGUAUCCACUGGAUCAUGGAGAAAGCACAUGAAUACAAGUAUGCCAAAGCCAAGAUUCUUGUCCCAGGAAACCUUGUUAGUAAGCUAAUAGGCUCAAAAGGAUGACUUAUUCGAGAAAUUUCUUCCAAAUCUGGUGGAGCACAUGUAAGCGUACUUUCGGAUAAGAAAAUGGAGAGAAUAUCCUCAGAGAUCCUUGUUGAAGUGACUGGAGAAUGUAACCCAAUGAAGAAUGCAACUUUGAUGGUUUUAGAACAAAUCGAGCUGUUCAAGAGAGGUGGACCGGUCCUUCAAAGUGGUAGAGUCAUUAACAAGAACAUGGUAGCACAAUUUGAAAAUUCAGUUUCUGCAAAUACAUCAAGGAUGAAGAAAAUCAUUGAACAAAAUCAUCAAGAUUAUGGUUCACAGAACGACAAUAAAAGAAGAAGGAAAACAAAAGAAAGCAGGAAUGACCAUAACAGAAACAACAAAAGAAAGAACAGAGGCUGGGGUGAUGACUCCCAAAGAAGCGAAAAAUCCGAUAAAAACUCCCAACCCUCAUCUACCCAAAACCACUCUAAAUUCCCUCGGGGAGUAAAAAGACAAAAACUACACGAAACUCCUCCUCCGGCCUCUCCUAAACCCACUCACCGCUUAGCUUCUCCUCUUCCCACCUCUUCACCUCCAAAACUCUCUUCAAAUUCCCCUUUGAAUUCCCAAAAAGUGCUUUCACCGACUUCAAAAGCAGCUUCUUGCAAAAUCGAGCCUGAAACCGCGCCUUCAAGUGCUCAGCCGUCAAUUCAGGCCAGCUUGAAGCUGGCCCUUCUGAAUCCGCCUGGCCUAGACUCUUUGAAGGAACAGCUUCAGUUUACAGAAGGGAAAGUAGCCACUGCUGAUAGCGAAGUUAAAACUUUAGAGAUAAGCGGAGAACCCCUCCAAAUCAAGAGUACCAUCGACCAAGUCAUCGACCAGAUUAAUAACGAAAAGACCGAAGGGAAAGGAAUCCUCAUUUGGAUCGGGAGAGGAGAAGCCACAUCUGAGCAUGUUGUCAAGCAACUUAAUAGUAAGAAUUAUUAA